CCCGCAGAGUUCCAGCCACGAGGAUCAAGCCAUCUUAAACCAUUCUUUGUGUGAUCUCGAGCAAAUCCUUUCUUCGUCUUCUUUGUCUUUGUCUUUUUCUCAACAAGAAGAACCCCUCCCCCUUUACCCCUCAAACCUUUACUCUUACCAUGUCGUCUAAUGAUACAACGACAAUGAUGACCCCCACCCUCACCGACAACAAUAACAGGCGCUUGAGCCGCUUGGCCAUGUCAUCCUCACCAUCCUUGCUAUUGUCAUCAGAAUCUACCUGUCACCCUAUUUCCUCCCCAACGCCCUCCUACCUCUUUUCCGCUUCCACAUCUUGCCUGGUAUCAUCAGCGAACAUGUGUUCUGCUUCCGCCUCUCCUGCUUCUCCUUCCCAUUCCCACCAAAUAUAUAGAACAAUCAGUCCUGCGCCUACGCCCCUUGGAUUAACUGCAGCACUCUCUUCGAACGAUACACAAACGACCACGAGGUGUAGUCAAAGAAGCAGUGACCGCGAUAAUAUUAAUAUUGCUGAAACCUCGUGCUCAUCAGCUCUAGGUGUUGAUGUUAGUGAUAAUGUGAAUCAUACCUACAGCUGUAACCUCGUGCUUCAAUCGGCUGUCAGUCUCCCUCUCCCUUCAGCUCUCUGCACGACUGAGAAGCCCUCACAGCAGGAUGAGCAUCAAGUCAUAAGGGCACGGGUCAACUCAUCAACGGCCUCGCUUGUCUCACUUUCCCUUUCAUCCCAGGGUUUGCGGCAUAUUUCUCCCGGACUAAGUUCACUGCAACAACAACAAUUCUUUCAGCACCUUGCCCAGCAACAGCAGGAAGAACAGCCAUUGCAACACCACCAAGGCGAUUCUUCUCAGUCACAAGGGACCACACUCUCCAUCUCAACCUUCAAAAGCUCCUUGCAAACAGACGAGGAGUUCUCUCCCUCUUCACUCUCUUCUUCCUCCUCUUCCUCCUCCUCCUCCUCACACUAUUACUCUUCUUCUGAUGAAGAACCAUCCUCUCCAGUUUUCAAUCCCUACAAUUCAAAAGCAUUUUAUCUCUUCCAUCAAAAUAACCAGAUUAAUUCUGAGAGCAUGGUCAACUUGACCGCAUCCUCUAUGCACAUUGCUUCUCCGUCCGAGUCUUGUUCUGAUUUCUCAUCCGCAUUCCACUCUCCUUCCGCAUCUACUAUUUGGACAUCACCUUCUUGCAACAUGAGAGGACCCUCCAUUUCCUUAUCACAACAAAUCGCUUCAAUUUCAGAGGAGCACAUUGGCAGUCAAAGCCAAAAUAAGGGUAAAGGGAUCGCCAGAGCCUAUCAUCGUUAUAAUCAACGACGUAUUGACAAAGCAAGUUUUGACGUACUACCAAGAGAGAUCAGGAUCCAUAUCUUCCGCUACCUUUCAACAUUCCAACUAAUCCGAGUCUCAAGGGUCAGUCGGGCAUGGAGGGGUAUUGCUAUGGACGGGUCUCUUUGGAAGACAAUUGAUGUAACAAGAUAUUACAAAAGUAUCAAGGAUAAUCAGCUCCGCGCAUUGGGAUCUGCCGCAUCCAACUUUUUGCGCUGUGCAAACUUCCGUGGAUGCGUACAGCUCUCUGAUAAAUCUUUGACCACCAUUGCAGAGCGCUGCCCCAAUAUUGAGCGUCUUAAUCUCACGGGGUGUCGUCUUAUCACCUCCAAGGCCAUUGCAGAUGCUUGUACGAACUUGCCCCUCCUCGUUCAUCUCGAUCUCGCAGGCCUCCAGUCUGUCAAUAACUUCACUCUCCAGACCUUGGCGGUCUACUGUCGCUCACUCCAGAUUCUAAACUUGGCGUGGUGCAAACAGAUCUCUGGGAGUGGACUGAUCAAGCUGACUAGAAGCUGUCAAGAGCUACAAAAGCUCAAUGUUUCAGGAUGCCCUGGAUUGGAGGAUCGAUAUAUGCCCGUUAUUGGUAUGAACAUGCCUAAAAUGAAGGAACUCUGUCUGAAUGGAUGCACCUCGUUAACAGAUCGUGGCCUGAUCGGCUUGCUCUCCGGGCUAUCAGUGACUUCGAGCAAGAAGCAUCGCAAAUGGAGGAUGAGGAAACGGAUGGCUUCGUCUGUGAGAGUGUCAAGUUUGGGACACCUACUUAUCAACCAAAGUUCAUGUAACGAUGAUGACAGCGAGGAUGAGGAGGGUGAUGAUAUUGAGAAGGAAGGAGACUCUGAUAAGGAAAGCGAUAUCGAUGGUAAUGAGGAUGAAAAUGAUGAAGGCGACUCGGGAGAGGAUGCGACUGAGGUUGGCAGCAAUAAUGCCAAUGCUAUUCCAAUCCAACCACUUUCUUCCUCUUCAAAAAAUAAUUCCUCACAGGCAGGUCCUGAGGGACUACAGGCCCGACUUGUUUACCUUGGUCUGUCUCAGUGCCGUCUCCUUACACAAGAAGCUCUCCGGGCCAUCGGCCAUCUCUGCAGCCGUCAUUUGCGUCGUCUCGAGAUCUCAAGUUGUGAGAACUUCAACGAUGAAGGACUCAUCUAUCUCGCGCAGCGCUGCACUCACCUCCGGUCUCUCGACCUUGAAGAUGUAACUCUCUUGACUGAUGCUUCACUGCGUGCAUUUGCAUUGAACUUGCCCAGGCUUGAACGGAUUUGUCUUUCUUAUUGCGAGAAUGUGACAGACCAAGGAGUCAUGCAUCUGUUACGACCAGCAUCUAAUCCUACUACGCUGUCUACAGCAACUGCCAUGAUGAUGAAUAUUGAGAGUCCAUCCCCUUACUGUCCCAAGUUGACUCAUAUCGAGCUCGAUAACUGUUUAUUGAUCACCGACAGACUGCUACUCGAGUUUGCAAACGUCUUGGAAGAGCGUGCAGUAGCAGCUCUAGAAAGGCGUAAAGAAAGGGAGAAGAAGCGUGAGGAACGAGGAGCGAGAAUCCAACAAAGGAAGCGAAAGCCAAUGUCGCCUCGACAAACACAGCAGGAGAAAGAUAUGGAUGAAGUUAAUCAACAGACAAAGACUGGACUGGAGCCAGAUCAAAAUACACUACAGCUUGCUGGACCAAGCAGUACUGUAGCUGCAGAUCAGGCUAGUUCUUCGUCACCUGUCAAUAUUCCUAGUCAUUUCCAACAAUCCUCAGCAUUUGCUGCCGGUUCGCCAUCAUCCUACUCCUCAUCCCCACUGCAACCUCGCAGUGUUCUGGCUUCAACAUCGUUGUCUGAUGAGAUAGUCGUCAAAAAGACACGACCAGGUACUCGUAUCAUGGCUCCAACACGUUCGUUUUCCGAUCUAUCCACAUCCUCAACUGCGUCUCUGCCUCUCACAUGGCCUGCGGAGGGCCUAACGCUCCGGAAUGCUAAUGGGAAUAACAACAAGAAAGGAGGAGUAGCCCGAGCAAGAAGGCCUAUUCGACCUACGAUGCAAGUUUUUGAUUGCCGAAACAUCACUCUCGAGGGAGUUGAAGCUGCAAAGACUCGGUCACCCUCACUUUUGAUCCGAAGCUACUACUCAUGGACCCAUCCCUCCGCUUCCGGACCUGCUGAAUCUUCGGCAUUUGCGGGUAACAGCAGCAGUGGCUCUGGCGGCAUGAGUUUUUUUGAUGGAGAGGGAGAAGGUAACGCAGAUGAUGAGGAUGCGGAUGGUGGAGCAAGCAACGGAGACAGUUCGAAUACGAGUUUACAUCAUCUGCAACACAUGCAGCAGCAAAUACAGAGCAGGCGAAGCUCAAUGUUGCAGCGUGCACGGUCCGGUCUUUCACGUCCAGUUAGUGCACGAGAACCAGCACAGUGCUGUGUAAUGUAAAAAAAAAUUUUGGUCUUGAAAAUAAAUAAAAUCAUUUCGUG